UUCCUAAAAUCUUUGAAAUGAUAUAUGAAAUUCAUUUAAGGUUGCAUAUUUUCAGCGAAUUAUGGUAUUAAUUUAACCUGCAAAAUGUUGAAAUAUAGGGGAAUAUAUAGAUGCUUUUCACAUGACGCUACUCUCUAUACAUCAAAAAACGCAAAUAAAAUAUUUUCCCUGAAAGAUGAAGAUCGUAUUUUUUCAAAUCUAUAUGGUAGACAUGACUGGCAUUUAAAGGGUGCGAUUAAGCGUGGCGAUUGGUAUAAAACAAAAGAGAUAUUAGCUAAAGGACCGGAUUGGAUACUAAAAGAGAUUACAAAGUCAGGAUUAAGAGGAAGAGGUGGCGCUGGCUUCCCAACUGGCAUGAAGUGGGGGUUUAUGAAUAAGCCUACCACUGACUCUAGGCCAAAAUAUCUGGUUGUAAAUGCUGAUGAAGGUGAGCCAGGAACAUGCAAAGAUCGAGAAAUAAUGAGACAUGAUCCACAUAAAUUGAUUGAAGGCUGCUUGAUCACGGGGCGAGCCAUGGGUGCUAAAACGGCUUAUAUUUAUAUAAGAGGAGAAUUUUACAAUGAAAGCGUUAACGUUCAAACCGCGAUUCAAGAAGCUUAUGACAUGGGCUUUUUAGGAAAAAAAUCUAAGCUGGAAUACCCUUUUGAUAUAUUUGUUCAUCGAGGAAUGGGAGCAUAUAUAUGUGGCGAAGAAACGGCGUUAAUAGAGUCUAUUGAAGGCAAGCAGGGUAAACCAAGAUUAAAACCACCGUUUCCCGCGGAUGUUGGUAUUUUUGGAUGUCCAACAACUGUUGCAAAUGUUGAAACGGUAGCAGUGGCUCCUAGUAUAUGCAGACGGACUGGGGAAUGGUUUGCUCAAUUUGGCAGAGAUCGUAAUAGCGGGACUAAAUUAUAUAACAUAUCUGGUCAUGUAAAUGCUCCCUGUACAGUUGAAGAAGCCAUGUCCAUUCCAUUGAAGGAACUUAUCGAUAAACACGCCGGUGGUGUCAUUGGUGGUUGGGAUAAUUUGCUAGCUGUUAUUCCUGGUGGCUCAUCAACUCCCUUAAUUCCUAAAGAGGUUUGUGAAAAAGUCUUAAUGGAUUUCGAUUCUCUUGUAGAACAUAAGACUGCAUUAGGUACAGCUGCGGUCAUAGUUAUGAAUAAAAGUGCCGAUGUUAUCAGAUGCAUUGCCCGUUUAAUCGAAUUUUAUAAACACGAAUCCUGUGGCCAAUGCACUCCUUGUAGAGAAGGCUGUGGCUGGAUGAUGAAAAUAAUGUACAGGUUUGUUCAGGGUAAUGCGAAACCUUCCGAAAUUAACAUGCUUUGGGAAUUGAGCAAACAAAUGGAAGGCCAUACUAUAUGUGCUUUGGCUGAUGGAGCCGCUUGGCCAGUUCAGGGAUUAAUUCGCCAUUUUCGCCCUCUUAUCGAAACACGUAUGAAUGAUUAUAACAAAACAAGAAGCUUAAAACUUUCAGAUAUUCAAAAAACACAUAAAAUAUCAACACAUUAGUAGCGUAGUUGGAAUAUCUCUCAUAUUUUUGCGCACAAUUGCUUUAUUUAAUUCGAUUUAACUUAUAUAAUUUAAAUUGUUUUUUAAUGUGAUUAAAUAUUUGCUUAUUGAUUCAAACAUGUACUCAAAAAUGAUCUUCAUUAAUUGUAGGCUGUCUUUAUAUAAAAAAAUCAUUACAAAUUCCUACGGCAAUAAGAAAAGAAGUCCUAAUUUUUUUAUUAUUUAUUUAACUUUUAUAAAUUAAAAUUAUGUUAAUAAUGAUAAAUUACCUUAUUUUAUUUCAAUUAUUAUUUAAGUUUGCUUUAAUCUUCAAAUUAUAUGAUUUUGAUUUUUGUAUUUAUUUUCUAGAGGAGUUAAGUUUUUGUGAAUUUUUAGUUCAUUUUUAUUUUUCAAUAUGAAAACCAUAAGUUAUCAAAAGCAUUUUAUUUAUAGUCCCAAUAAACAAGAAUUAAAUUAGGUAAAAACGAAAAUAUUUAAAAAAAAAGACUAGCCUUUUUAUUCAGGAACGCGGCCUGGAUCGACUUUUUAAAGGAUCUUAGUUCGGUCCGAAUGCUUCGGUCCUGACCAAAGACCAGACAGUGAUCUUCACAACAGUGGUAUUGGAUGACAUAGUGUCAAAAGUUCUAUUGAUGCAUCUCUCCUUUUAUAUGGAUUUUCCAAAAUCAGAGAUUAAAAUAUUGUAGUAUUUUUUUUAAAAAGAUAUAAAAAAAUCCCAAUUCCUUACGUAGACAGACGGAUAUGAGGAAAGAUAGAUUGUUAAUUUUCAUUGGCAAUACGAUUUAAUUUUUUUUUACUUAUUUGCAUGACAAUUUAUUAUCAAAUCAUCUUUUGAUUUUUAAAAAAUAAUUAAUAACACUAUCUCAAAACAAAUUCAAUAUAUAUCUAGCUCUAGCAGAGCAUUUUUUUAACAUACACUAAAAUUUCGACGGCAGAAUAUAUUUAUAUUACAUAUAUUUUUCGAAUAUUUGCACUUAAAAUGUUGAUAAAUUAUGACCCAUUGAUAGAUAAUGGUUAUAUAUAUCUCUGUAUAAAAUUUUAGCAUUCUGUAAAUCUCGGGCAUUUGAGCAAUUCGAUAAGAUAUAUUGCAAAGCUGGGUGUGAAAUGCUUAGAGCUAGCUUGGAGUUGUGCCAGUCACCUAUGUUUUUCUACAUUUAUAAAUAAAAAAUUAUCGCGAGUUUAAUCAAAUAAUUUA